AUGUCUAUAAUCAACCGAAACCAUCCAAGAAAUACCCUGAGCCACCGGUUUUUUGAGUUUCUCAAACGGGAGAUCAAGGAACAAUACUCAAAGAUUGUCAUUGCAGGUGAUUAUAACUUACAUCACAAGGAAUGGGAGUCAAGGGCAGGUCCGAAUACGGAAGCAGAUGAAGUUGUUGAGUGGCUACAUGAAAAUGAUAUGAUGUUAAUUUCUCCAAGAAAUCAAAAAACAUACAACAAUAGAACCAAUAUUGAUUUGGUUUAUGGCUCAGUGGACUUACUUCAUAGAAUUUCAUUUAGUGGAGUGGAUGAAAAUACACUAAGUGAUCACUCAAUUGUGGAGUGGGACAUCUCUAUGUCUCAGAGUAAAAACGGGGAUGAAGUUUUUACUUCGGUGAAGAGAUUGAAUAUUAAGAAUGCAGAUUGGGAAAAGUUUGACAAGGAGCUUUCUUCUGCCAUUAAAGAUUUUAAUGUGCAUAACAAAACUCUAAAAUCAACUGACCAAAUUGAUGACCAAACUAAAGUUCUUGAGGAGGUUGUAAAAAGAGCAAUGGCAAAGUCGAUGAAGGAAGUUAAGGUGAUGAAAAAGUCCAAACGCUAUUGGAAUCAAGAAUUAAGGGAGAAAAAAGAAGAUGGAACUCUCACUACUACUGUUGACGAAAAAAGACAUGAAAUAUGGAAGGCACUUCUACCUGAAAUUGAUCAUGGUCUUGAUAGAGAGUUUGAAAUUGAUGACGAUUCUCGAUGGCCAAAAUUAGAGUUUGAUGAAGUUGACUCUGCAUUGGCUGAUACCCCAAAUGAUAAAGCUCCAGGAGACGAUGGAAUUACGGGCGAAGUUUUAAAGAUGGCAUGGCUAAAUAAAGACUUUAAGGAAAGGUUUUUCAAGCUUCUCCAAGCUUGUGUGAAGUUUGGAUACCACCCAAAAGUCUGGAGACAUGGCAUUAUUGUUGUUAUACCUAAACCUAAGAAAUCUGAUUAUUCAAAGCCAAGAGCAUACCGACCAAUUUCCUUACUUAAGAUUCCAUCUAAAGUACUGGAAAAAAUUAUACAAAAAAGAAUGACCAAGCUUACAACACACUUACUUCCACCAGAGCAAUAUGGGGGAAGACAAGGUUAUUGUGCUACUGAUGCUGUUUUGGAACUUGUCCAAAGAAUUGAAACUAGUAAAGAAAAAAUUUCAGCUAUGCUCAUUGAUAUUCAAGGAGCUUUUGAUAAUGUUAACAGAAAUAUAUUGGCACACACAAUGGAGGAUAUGAAACUACCCAAAGCACUUAUAAACUGGACGUACCAAUUUGUAAGUGAAAGAGAAGCUAGUAUGCUCAUGGACCGAAGAAAAGGAUCAGUGCAAAAAAUUAGUACUGGAAUUCCGCAAGGCUCACCUAUUUCACCACUACUUUUUUUGAUAUAUUCCACACCAAUGUAUCAUGCCAUUAAAGAAUGGGGUGGAACUCCUUUUGGCUUUAUUGAUGAUGUGACUAUUACCGUUGAAGGUAAAAUUGAAGAAAAUACCAAAAGCUUAAGCAACAUAUUAGAAAAAUGUUGUAAUUGGGCUAAAUCAAGAAUGACCAAAAUUGAUUUGGGUGACAAAUUGGGUUUCAUUCAUUUUACAAAAAAUGUGAAACCUAAAGAUGAGAAAGUGCAACUUACUUUACCUAAUGGAGAACUUCGUGAACCCCAGAAGGAAGUUAAAUUGCUUGGAAUUACUUUGAACAAUCUGCUUGAUUUUAAAUCUCAUAUUUUGAAUAAAAUCAAUAAAGCAAGAAAAGCUGUUGGUGCUAUUUGGCAUCUUGGUGGCGUGCAAAAAGGUAUGCGAGGGUCUGCAGUCAGAUCACUGUAUAUUGCUUGCGUGAGACCAAUUGUCGAAUAUGGCUUAGAAAUUUGGCAUCAUAAAAUCUUGAAAGGAGAAAUCCACAAGUUGGAAGUGAUGCAGAACAUGGCUUUAAGAAGAAUUGUUGGUGCUUAUCGCACAACUCCUAUUGCGGUACUACAAAAGGAAGCUGGUAUUAUGCCAUAUAGUAUUAGGCUAAAAUUUAUGGUGGCACGAAAAGCUAUUCGUUUACACCUAAAUAUUAGCAAAACUAAUCCUAUUAAUGGUCAUUUGUUAACAUUGAUUGAGAAAUCUCCAAUUGCAAAGCUAACCACGCUUUACAUGUUGGCGAAAGAUGAUAGAGACUAUAUGAUUAAAAAGGAUGAAAAACGAAAAUGCAAGAGGGUUGAACCUCUUACACUGAUACAACAACAAAAUCAGACGAUUGGAAUUUUGAAGAAACAAGCAAUGGAAGAAUGGCAAGAAAUGUAUUGGAACAGCAGUAAGGAUCUGUGGUAUCAUAAUAUCACAGUGGAGUCGAAAUGUACUGAUAAUUUUUCCAAAAUGGUUACGGGAGUGAUCAUGAAGAAAGAUAGUCGAAGGAUCUUGAGUAAUAUUACUCAGUUUCGCACAGGCCAUGGCAACUUUGGCGCAUGGUUUAAAAAGUUUGGAAUUGAAAAGGAUAGUUACAACUGCAAAUGUGGAGAGCUGGAAACAGUUCAUCACAUUUUAGUUGAGUGUCCUUUGCUUGAAGAGGAAAGAAAAGGACUGAAACGGAUAUCUCCAGAGAUGGACAUGUCGACUCUCUUAAACAGUUUAACUGGCUUACAAGAGAUUGUAAGCUUUAUCUCUGCUUGGAGGGAUUAA